AUGUUUUCUACUUCACUUUUUCUGAAUUAUAAUGAUCGGUUAGAUAUUCGUUUAAAAGCGGUCGGCUUAGUUGGGGACCUAUUUGCUUUGCCUGGAUUUGAUAUCUCAGAGGCAUUCCAGCCAGUCUUUUUGGAGUUUUUGAAAAUGUUGACAGAUAGAGUGGUUAAGGUCAAAAUGUCUGUCCUUCAGCAUGUCAAGAUUUGUCUGCUGGCUAAUCCAUUUGGAGCUGAAGCCCCUCAAAUGAUCUCUGCGCUUUGUGACCGACUGUUGGACCAUGAUGAAAUUGUCCGUAAAGAAGCUGUGGCUGCUGUUUGUGAUGUGGCUUGUCAUUCCCUAACAUCUAUCCCUGUUGGGACCAUCAAGCUGGUUGCAGAAAAGCUUCAAGACAAAUCUAUUCUUGUUAAACGGUAUACAAUGGAGAGGCUAGCUGACAUAUUCCGGGUUAAUUGUCUACAUCAUUCUAGUUACUCAACAAAGAACGAUAAAUAUGAUUGGAUUGUUGGGAAGAUUUUAAGAUGUGUUUAUGAUAAAGAUGUCAGAUCAGACACAAUUGAAACCCUUCUAUACCUAUCGUUGUUCCCAACUGAUUUUUCAGUCAAAAACAAGGUGGCAAAUUGGGUUAGAAUCUUCUCUGGAUUUGAAAAGGCAGAGGUUAGGGCUCUUGAAAUGAUAUUGGAGCAGAAGCAAAGAUUACAACAAGAAAUGCUCAAGUACCUUGACAACAGAGCGUCUCGGGAAGGUGAUGUCACCGAGAUCCGAAAGAAAGUUAAUGUUUGCUUCCAUAGUAUGUCUCACUUUUUCUCUGAUCCUGCAAUUGCGGAGGAAAAGUUUCAGAUUCUUGAUCAGUUAGAAGAUUCUAAUGUUUGGAAAAUUAUGACCAGCCUUCUUGAUCCAAAUACUAGCUCUCUUCAAGCUGGUAGUUCACGGAAUGAUUUACUGAGGGCCCUUGGUCAGAAGCAUCAAAUCUACGAGUUUCUGAGUUCUCUUUCAUUAAAAUGCUCGUAUUUACUUUUCAAUAAGGAGCAUAUCAAAGAACUUAUUCUGGAGGCUGGUGUACUGAAAUCUUCUGGAAGUACCGAGUUAAUUUUAUCUAGCAUGAGCAUACUUGUGAUUCUUGUACGUUUCAGUCCUUUGCUGCUUGGCGGGAUUGAAGAAGAUUUGAUACAUCUUCUUGAGGACGACAAUGAAAUAUUUAAGGAAGGUGUUUUGCAUAUUCUUUCAAUGGCCGGGGGAAACAUCAGAGAACAGCUGGGAGUUUCAUUGAGAUCAUUAGACCUUAUGCUGAAGCAAAUAUGCAUUGAGGGUAGCCGAAGGCAGGCAAAGUAUGCAGUUCAUGCCCUUGCAUCAGUAAGAAAAGAUGAUGAUUUCACGUCACUAUCUGUUCUCUACAAGAGGCUUGUUGAUAUGCUUGAGAAAAAGUCACAUUUGCCAGCUGUAUUACAAUCUCUUGGAUGUAUAGCACGGAUUGCUAUGCCAGUGUUUAAAACAAGAGAAAGUAAUGUUGAAGAGUUCAUAAAGAAAAACAUACUGGAGAGCAUCCAUAUAUCGGGAGAUGAAGUGAAUGAAUGUUGGAAAGCCAGAAGUGAGAUUUGUUCACUAAAGAUUUUUGGUCUUAAAACAUUGAUCAAGAGUUAUUUACCUGUCAAAGAUGCUCAUCUUCGUUCUGGUAUUGAUGACCUUGUGGAAAUUCUAAAAAACAUACUCACUUUUGGAGAAAUCUCAAGACACAUUGCAUCAAGUUCGGUUGAUAAGGCUCAUUUGAAGCUUGCUGCAGCAAAAGCUGUUCUUCGUCUAUCAAGGCACUGGGAGCAUAAAAUUCCUGUUGAUGUCUUUUAUAUGACCUUGAGAACUUCUGAGACUAAUUUCCCUGAGGUAAAAAGGCUACUACUCAAUAAGGUUCAUCAAUAUGUAAAGGACCAGAUUUUAGACCCGAAGUAUGCUUGUACCUUCGUACUUGAUUAUGGAUAUCAGCAGCUUGAUUUUGAAGAGAACAAAUGCAAGUUGAAUGAUAUCAUACAUAUGUGGAAGCAAGAAAGGGCACACGAAGUUUCUACACAAUGUGAUGCAAAUUCUGCACCAUUUUAUCCUGAGUACAUUCUCCCAUAUGUGGUUCAUGGUUUUGCUCAUCAUUCUUCUUGUCCUAAUGUUGAUGAAUGCAAAGAUGUCAAAGCAUUUGAAACUAUUUACAGGCAAUUGUAUUUACUCCUGUCCAUGCUGGUAACUGGAGAUGAAGACGGAAAAUCUGAUGACAGUAUUAGCAAGGAGAAAGAAAGUAUUUCGUUGUUAUAUUCUAUCUUUCUGUGUAUCAAGCGCUCAGAAGAUGCUUUUGAUGCAACCAAGUCCAAGAACUCCUACGCUCUCUGUGACCUUGGGCUGUCAAUCGUUAUGCGAUUAGCUCCAAAAAAUCUUCAAGACCUAGGUGCAUCAGUGGUGUUACCUCCAACUCUAUACAGACCACUUGAGAAGAAAGAAGGAGAGGACCUGCUGGCUGGUGAAGAGAAGACAUGGCUGGCUGAUAAGAGCUUCUUGGCCCACUUUGAAUCACUAAAUUUUGAAGCUAAUGGAACUGUUAAUAUAGAAAUUGUUGAGGAUCAGAUCAUGAAGGACAGUGAAACAGAUGGCAGCGAGAUGCAAUUAGGAAAAUUUGUGAAACGUGUGAAAGCAAAGGGAGUAAAGUGGAAAAGAGAGGUGACUGAUGAGUUUGCAUCUGCUGGAGUGGGAAGUAAAAAUGAUAUUGAUAUCUUGAAAACUGUGAAGGAAAUAAGUAUGGAUAAUUUAGGCACAACUGGACAGUUUGAGUCUAAUAAGAGUCAUGAACAUGUUUAUAAAAAAAGUAGACAUGGUCAUAAGUGUCAGAUGGAGAAAACGAUCUGUAGUGAAUCAAAGGAUGUUUCUGUACCAACACAGAGGAGAUCAUCAUCUGCUCAAGGUUACAAAUCUCCCUCAGAGAUUACUUCAGAGGGUUAUAUAAAUCCGACUGAUUUUAAUGAAUGGCGAAUCUCUAUUGGCUCUCCCAAAAUAGAUGAGGAAUUUCAGGCUAGUUCAGAAGAUAAAUAUGUGGAGGAUAUCAUGAUACCUGCAGAGUCAGACUUAAUUUCUUAUCCUAAAAUGAAAUCUAACUCCUCAACCUCAAAGCAGAAAGGCAAACGUGCUCAUAGAGAUCACGGCAAGGCCCAUGACACUAAGAAGCCUAAGAAAGUCGUGGAGACCGAGAGCACAAGUCUGAUGAGUAAUUCCACCAAAUUGACAAAGAGACAAGAACGGAGAAGUGUUUUUGGGAUGGAAAAGUGCACAUCAAGGGACAAUGGACGUUUCACAGAGGACUUGAUUGGAUGCAGAAUCAAAGUUUGGUGGCCAACGGAUAAGAUGUUCUAUGAAGGUGUUGUCAAAUCUUUUGACUCCCGAAAAAAGAAGCAUGUGAUAUCAUACGAUGAUGGAGAUGUGGAAGUUCUUCAAUUAGAGAAGGAGCUCUGGGAACUUCUUGACAAUGGCCAAAAAGCUUUGAAGCAGUCAAAUUCCACGAAGGGUUCCCGUCCUAAAGGAGUAUCUCCAUCACUUCGAGGGAAAGGAACAAAAACCUCAGGGAAAACUCUGAAGCAGAGACAGCAUGGUGUAUUAAAGAGUAGUUUCUCCACCAAAAGUGAGGGAAGCCCUGGUGUUAAACACUCUGAAUCCGUCCCAAAGUCCAAUGUUGAUGAUUUAGACUCAGAGGAACAGAAAUACAGGUUUGCAUAUGGUGCAGCUGAUGAGGAUCAAACGGGCAAGGAUGAGAAACAAAUAGAGGAAUGCGAUUCUGAAGAUACUCAGAGUGAGGAUGUCGACAGACCCCAUCGUGUUGCUCUCAGGUCUGAUAAUAACAGAGUUUAUUCUACAGACGAGAAGCGAUCAGGUGGGACCCGGAAAGAAUCCAGGCAGGACGCUGAAGAAGCAGAUGACGUAGAUAAUCAUCCAAAUGCUUUAGAUCAACCGAGCAAGAAGACUGCAUCUGCUGAUUUGGAUGCAGAUUAUUCAGACAACGAGCCUCUUGGUAUGUGGAAGUGUCGAGUCUGGAAUAACCGGAGGGCAAUAGUUUAGCAGGGGAAAUUAUCUCAAGUCUGCCGUUUAUCUUUGGAAUGUAAGAAGAUAAUUCCUUUCUUACGCAUGCAGAUCCCCUGGAGUACAGCAAACAAAAGAAAUGUAGCUUAACAGAUAGUAAGAAGGAGAAUUUGUGCAGUCUUGAAAUGGAGCAAAUGCCUUCUUAAUAUUUUGCUAGGGUCGAGUUUUUGUAUAGCUAUAAUUCUUGGCUCAUAUUUUGUAGCUUCGCUACCAACUUUUUAUAGUUGUAACUUACUGGAAAGUAUGAUGAUAGUGAGUCCGUUUUUCAUACUUGCAAUGUCAAUAGUAUUUUGUAAUCAUGCUAUGAUUUAAUGCUCAAAUUUUUUGUGCUCUUUCAAACUUCUAAUAAAAACGU